CAUCAACAAAACCAUCUUACUCCUCUAGAUUUUUUCCUCUUCAGAGAAAUAGACUACUCAUCACUAUAUUCAAUUCCUGUAUUGACAAGUCUCCCCAACCACGGACCGAAUGAUGCCACCCCCUUCUGAACCGCCAGCACGCCCCCCUCCUCCAACAACGCUCCUCAUAUACCCAGCAACACUCCUCCUCGGCUCACUAUUCUCUGUCCUCUCGCCGAUCGCCCGGUAUCCUGAACCCUAUGAUGACGCCGUGACCGCCUCCGCCUCUGCACCGAUCAACUACUUCGCCCGCAAAAACAACAUCUUCAACCUCUUCUUCGUCAAACUCGGCUGGAUCUGGUUUACUCUCGCAUUCGUCGCUCUCCUCCUGACAUAUCCGCCGUCCCCGCAUCGUGGGCGCCGCCAAUUCCAAGCUUUUGUGCGGUACGCCCUCGCGACGACAGCAUGGUACUUCGUAACACAGUGGUUCUUUGGGCCGGCAAUCAUCGAUCGCAGCUUUGUUAUCACGGGUGGAAAGUGCGAGGACGCGUUGUCUGAGUUGAAUAACGUGCGGAAUGAGAAGGGAGUCAUUGGCGCUGGAGUCGAAGAUUUCGGUAUUUAUUUGACUGCCACAGCCUGUAAGGCUGCAGGUGGCGCGUGGAGAGGCGGCCAUGAUGUUAGCGGGCAUGUGUUCAUGCUUGUGCUUGUUACAGCAGUACUAGGGUUUGAGGCGUUGGGUGUUUUGGCUCAAGAAAGCGAGGCAGAGAAAGAUGCGGGUGCGAGUGCAAAUGCGAAAACCACGGCUGAGGCAGGGAAUGAAGGUAGGACGUGGACAUUGCGCUUCGUGGGCGGAGUUGUUGGGCUAGGGUGGUGGAUGCUGCUUAUGACGGCUAUCUGGUUUCACACGUGGUUGGAGAAGGCAAAUGGUUUACUUAUCUCUUUCGGUGCGAUAUAUAUUAUCUACUUCAUACCUCGCCGAAUCAUCCCCUGGAGGAACGUGGUUGGCAUUCCGGGCGUAUAGCUGGGUUUUAUAGACGGUUUGUAUACCACGUGUACAGUAAAUACGACCUCAUGUACAAAUACAUACCCUUUACAUUAGAUUUUCGGCUCAGGACCGAAAUAACCCC